GCCAUGUUCUCCCGUUAAAAUUCUCUCCAUUUCUUAAGUUCUCAUAUUUAGCAUUUAAAGUCUCUGUGUUUAAGUUCUACGUUUAACUCUGCGUUUAAAUACUCAAUCAGGAUGACAAAUGUGUCAUAUCACAUCUCCAACCUACUGGAGAAAAUGACAUCUACUGACAAAGAUUUUAGGUUCAUGGCCACCAACGACCUGAUGAUGGAGCUGCAGAAGGACUCCAUUAAGCUGGACGAGGACAGCGAGAGGAAGGUGGUGGCCAUGCUGCUCAAGCUGCUGGAGGACAAGAACGGAGAGGUGCAGAACCUGGCGGUCAAGUGUUUAGGCCCUCUGGUGAGUAAGGUAAAGGACUACCAGGUGGAAACCAUGGUGGACACCUUGUGCUCUAACAUGAUGUCAGAGAAAGAGCAGCUGAGGGACAUCUCCAGCAUGGGCCUGAAAACAGUCAUCGCCGAGCUGCCCUCGUCCUCCGCAGGCCAGACUCUGACUGCCAGCGUCUGUAAGAAGAUCACCUCCCAGCUGAUGGGUGCUCUGGGGAAACAGGACGACGUGUCCGUACAGCUGGAAGCCCUGGACAUCCUGUCCGACAUGCUGGCCCGGCUCAGUGCCCCACUGGCGAGCUUCCACCCCUCCAUCCUGAGCAGUCUGCUGCCCCAGCUGACCAGCCCCCGCCUGGCCGUGAGGAAGAGGGUCAUCCUCGCCCUGGGUCACCUGGUGCCCGGCUGCAGCCCCGCCCUCUUCACCCAGCUGACCGAGCACCUGCUCUCCGAGCUGGCCCGAGGCCCGCCCACCUCCUCCACCCGUACCUACAUCCAGUGCCUGGCCACCGUCAGCCGCCAGGGCGGGCACCGAGUGGGAGAGCACUUGGAGAAGAUCGUCCCAAAGGUGGUGAAGUUCUGCAGCGUGGAGGAUGACGAGCUGAGGGAGCACUGCUUUCAGGCGUUUGAAGCCUUCGUCCGCAGGUGCCCGAAGGAGAUGUCCCCUCACAUUCCCACUGUCAUAAAGCUGUGCUUGAAGUACAUCACCUACGACCCCAAUUACAACUACGAGGCUGAUGACGAGCAGGAGGACUCCAUGGAAACAGAAGACGGGGAAGAUGAAGACCAAGAGUCGGACGACGAGUACAGCGACGAUGACGACGUGAGCUGGAAGGUGCGGCGCUCCUCGGUGAAGUGCCUGGAGGCGGUCAUCGGCACCCGGCGGGACCUCCUGCCGGAGCUGUACGGGUCCGUCUGCCCCGCCCUGGUCUCCCGCUUCAAAGAGCGCGAGGAGAACGUCAAGACCGACAUCUUCCUCGCCUUCAUCGCCCUCCUGAAGCAGACGCGCCCCCCCCAGGGGGGUCCGACCGCGGCCCCGCCCGGGGCCAAGGAAGACCCCUCGCUCUCUCUGCUCCAGAAACAGGUUCCCGCGGUGGUGAAGGCUCUCCACAGGCAGCUGAAGGAGAAGAGCAUGAAGUGUCGGCAGGGCUGUUUCUCCCUGCUCACAGAGCUGGCCAACGUGCUUCCCGGAGCCCUGGGGGACCACAUACCCGCACUCAUCCCAGGCAUCCUGUACUCCCUCACGGAUAAAUCCACGUCCUCCAACAUGAAGAUUGACGCGCUGUCGUUCCUCCACGUUCUUCUGUGCAAUCACCCGCCGGGGGUCUUCUACCCUCACAUCCGGGUCAUCCUGCCGCCGGUGGUGGCGUGCGUGGAGGACCCCUUCUACAAGAUCACCUCCGAGGCCCUGCUGGUCACCCAGCAGAUGGUGAAGAUCAUGAGGCCUCUGGAGGACGCGCCCUCCCCCGCCUUCGAUGUCAAACCCUAUCUGAAGGACCUUUUCACCGGCACGCUGAAGAGGCUGAAGGCUGCAGACAUCGACCAGGAGGUGAAGGAGAGGGCCAUCUCCUGCAUGGGCCACAUCAUCUGUCACCUGGGGGACCAGCUGGGCCAGGACCUCCAACCAACCCUGCAGAUCUUCCUGGAGAGGCUGAAAAACGAGAUCACCAGGCUGACCACGGUGAAGACCCUCACCCUGGUGGCCGGGUCUCCCCUCCGGAUCGACCUGAGGCCCGUGCUGACCGAGGGGAUCCCCAUCCUGGGCUCCUUCCUGCGGAAGAACCAGCGAGCGCUCAAGCUGAGCACUCUGACCGCUCUGACCGUGAUAGUGCGGAACUACAGCGACGGCCCCAAGCCUCCCGCCAUGGAGCCGGUGCUGGACGAGCUUCCCGCGCUCAUCGACGAGAGCGACAUGCACGUGUCCCAGGUGGCCCUGGGCUUGCUCACCUGCAUGGCCAAGGUGUGCCCGGCCUCCCUGUCCAAGAUCAGCGGCUCCACCCUGCCGGAGGUCUUCGCUCUGGUGCACUCCCCGCUGCUGCAGGGCGGGGCGCUCGGAGCCAUCCUGGAGUUCUUCCAGGCGCUUGUGGGGACUAAAGCCAGCAACAUGGGUUACCACGAACUCCUCAAAGCUUUGACAGGCCCCUUCUAUGGGUCCCAGAAGUCCCCGGACUCCAUGGUCAUGCACAGGCAGUCGUACUACUCUGUGGCCAAGUGUGUGGCCGCCCUUGCUUCAGCGUGCCCCAAAGAAGCUUCCGGAACGAUCACAAACCUCAUCCAGGAGGUCAAGAGCGCCAAGUCGUCUGAGCCAGCAAGGAUCCUGUCCUUCCUCUGCCUGGGAGAGGUGGGUAGGUCGAUGAACCUGGGCGGGCAGAAGGAGCUGAAGACCAUCAUCCUGGAGGCCUUUUCCUCCAGCAAUGAGGAGGUGAAGUCAGCCGCCUCCAGCGCCCUGGGGAACAUCUGCGUGGGCAACCUGGAGGAGUACCUCCCUUUCAUGCUGAAGGAGAUCGGCAGCCAGCCCAAGAGGCAGUACCUCCUCCUGCACUCCCUGAAGGAGGUGAUCAGCGGCUCGGCGGCCCACAGCCUCAAGGCCCACGUGGAGGAGAUCUGGGCCCUGCUGUUCAAGCACUGUGAGUGCCCGGAGGAGGGCACCCGCAACGUGGUGGCAGAGUGCCUGGGCAAGCUCACCCUGGUCAACCCCUCUCAGCUCCUGCCCCGACUCAAAAAGCAGCUGUCCUCAGGGUCUCCUCACGCCCGCAGCACAGUGGUCACAGCCAUUAAGUUCACCAUCGUGGAUCAGCCACAGCCCAUAGACGCACUGCUUAAAGGCUGCAUAGGCGACUUCCUGAAGACGCUGCAGGACCCAGACCUGAACGUGCGCCGGGUCGCCUUGGUGAUGUUCAAUUCGGCAGGUCACAACAAGCCGGCGCUGAUCCGGGGGCUGCUGGGGGCGGUGCUGCCGCACCUCUACGCCGAAACGCAGAUCAGGAAGGAGCUCAUCCGGGAGGUGGAGAUGGGUCCCUUUAAGCACACUGUGGACGAUGGGCUGGAUGUUCGGAAAGCAGCGUUCGAGUGCAUGUACACCCUGCUGGACAGCUGCCUCGACUGCCUGGACAUCUUUGAGUACCUCAACCACGUGGAGGAGGGGCUCAAGGAUCACUAUGACAUCAGGAUGCUGACCUUUAUCAUGCUGGCCAGGCUCUCCUCUCUGAGUCCCAGUGCGGUUCUGCAGAGGCUGGACAGGCUGGUGGAGCCACUGAGAGCUACAUGCACCACCAAGGUGAAGGCUGGCUCUGUGAAGCAGGAGUUUAUGUGUGUUAUGGCAGGUGAAGGCUGGCUCUGUGAAGCAGGAGUUUAUGUGUGAUAUUGCAGGUGAAGGCUGGCUCUGUGAAGCAGGAGUUUGUGUGUGUUAUGGCAGGUGAAAGCUGGCUCUGUGAAGCAGGAGUUUGUGUGUGUUAUUGCAGGUGAAGGCUGGCUCUGUGAAGCAGGGGUUUGUGUGUGAUAUUGCAGGUGAAGGCUGGCUCUGUGAAGCAGGAGUUUGUGUGUGAUAUUGCAGGUGAAGGCUGGCUCUGUGAAGCAGGAGUUUGUGUGUGAUAUUGCAGGUGAAGGCUGGCUCUGUGAAGCAGGAGUUUGUGUGUGAUAUUGCAGGUGAAGGCUGGCUCUGUGAAGCAGGAGUUUGUGUGUGAUAUUGCAGGUAAAGGCUGGCUCUGUGAAGCAGGAGUUUGUGUGUGAUAUUGCAGGUGAAGGCUGGCUCUGUGAAGCAGGAGUUUGUGUGUGUUAUUGCAGGUGAAGGCUGGCUCUGUGAAGCAGGAGUUUGUGUGUGAUAUUGCAGGUGAAGGCUGGCUCUGUGAAGCAGGAGUUUGUGUGUGA